AAUGGUGAAGUCCACAGCAAUUAUAUUCAUCCUGACCUUCUCAAUAUUAAUGAAACUAGAGAAAUGUAGAUUUUCCCUGGUGUUUGUGGUGCUGUUUAUCUCGGUAGGGCUGGUGCUAUUUACAUUCCAUUCCACACAGUUUAACUGGACGGGAUUUUUACUGGUGCUGACAGCAGCCUUUACAAGUGGCUUCCGGUGGACACUUUCACAAGUGGUCACGCAGAAAAGUGAAAUAGGUUUAAGUAAUCCUCUAGAUAUGAUGUAUCACAUUCAGCCAUGGAUGAUCAUAGGUCUGCUGCCUUUGUCUUCUUAUGUGGAAGGUGUUCCACUAGCCAGUUCCCAUCAUCUGUUCAGGUUUCAUGAAAUCAGUGAGAUUCUGACAUCAGCUGGUAUAGUAAUAGGAGGGGCUUUCCUGGCCUUCAUGUUGGAGUUUAGUGAAUUUUUACUUUUAUCCAGAACCUCAGGGUUAACUCUUUCCAUAUCAGGAAUAUUUAAAGAAAUUUGUACAAUAGUCCUUGCGCACAUCACAUUUGGUGACAAGAUGAAUCCCAUCAAUUUCCUGGGACUUGUGAUAUGUCUGUUUGGAAUAGCGUUACAUGUGAUAUUAAAAGCUGUUCAUAGAAAAGAAGAUGAAAAAGAAUUACACAAUAAUUCUGAGUCUAUGGAGAUGCUGCUAGUAAAUGGAGAGGCAAACUCCACAGAUGAGGAAGAAGCAGAGUUAUUUGACCGCAAUGCUGUGAGACCACCCAGAGUUCACAAACAUAGUGAAUGAAAAGGCAUUGUACUGGGCAUUUCCAAUCAAGUGCAAAUGUAGUAUAAAAUGAAGAUGUAAAAAAGAAAAACUCAUCCGUCUUGAAACCCUGGGGCUAAGGAACAGUGCCAAAAACAACUUUCUUUUUGCUUUUUUUUCACAUUUAAUGUUUUCUGUUGUUUUGCAUUUCAGCAAUGACUAACAAUUAAAAAAAGCAUCUAGAUCUUCAAGUCCACAAAUAUAUGAUAAUACUCUGUUUUAUUGAUUUUAUUUCUGUUUUGCUAUGAAAAGCAGUCUGUAAAAAUGAAGUGAAUGAUGUGGAUGAAGGAAGCCACAUUUAUUUAUUAAGUUCACCGUUAAAAAAAA